ACCUCUCCUGACACCUUCUCCUCCUUCUCCUGCUGACAACCAGGGACCCUCCACACCACACCCAUGUCCUGCUACAACCGCUGCCAGCCCUGCGGACCCACCCCGCUGGCCAACAGCUGCAACGAGCCCUGUGCCCUGCAAUGCCAGGACUCCCGUGUUGUCAUCCAGCCUUCCCCUGUGCUGGUCACCCUGCCAGGACCCAUCAUGACCUCCUUCCCCCAGAACACCGCCGUCGGAUCCACCUCCUCGGCUGCUGUCGGUAGUGAACUCAGUGUGCAGGGACAGCCCAUCUCGGGUGGAUUUGGUGGCUUUGGCUAUGGCCUUGGCUAUGGCCGUGGAUUUGGCUAUGGGCUGGGAGGCCUGGGCUGCUAUGGCAGAAGGGGUGGCUACAUCUGCUAAGGACCCUUGGCACCACCCCUGACACCAGCCAUCCACUCCCUGGAACACAUCUCAGGCAUUGAGGCCGCUUCUCUGGGACAAGGCUCUCAAACGGGCUCAGUGCUUCCAGCUCCUGCUCUCAGGCCACCAAGCAAGGCAGCAGGGAAGGGGUCUUCCCGGUCUGCCUGCAAACAUGGCCCAUUUGUGUUCACCUCUUCUCCCACUCCUUGCUCUGCAUCACCCUUUGGCUCAGUCCAGUCUCCUCUGCUGCAAACCCCUUCUCCCAAGCCAGAGACCAUUGGGUACCUCCUUUGGGUUGCUCCCACUGUGAGGCAGGAAGGCCUUGAUGCUCUGGCCAAACCUCCAAGCAAAGCUCCUCAGCAGAUGGUCACUCUACUUGCACCUCAGACCAGCUCUCUUCCACUGGCUUCUCGGGACUUUUCGCUCUUCUACCUCAAUAAAGUUUUCCUGCAUUGCA